CUUGCUGGAAUCUGUAACAGCAAUUUGGGACCUGCCUUCAUUAUGAUUCAUUCAUGACCCUGGCCAGGCAAAAGCUUCCCUGGAUGCUCCCAUAGACGCUGCGAUGUCUUUAAAAGGCACACAGAGCAGCCAGAGCUGCAGAGAGGCUGAGACAAACUCAGGAACCAGCAGCUGUCAGGCUGACUCUGGAGACCUCGCCCCUCAACAUGAAGGUCUCUGCAGUGCUCCUGUGUCUGCUGCUCACAGCCACCCUCUGCAGCAUCCAGGUGUUGGCUCAGCCAGCUUCUAUUCCAACCAUCUGCUGCUUUAAAGUGACUGGAAAGAAGAUCUCCAUUCAGCGACUGCAGAGCUACAGUAAAAUCACCAGCAGCAAAUGUCCUCUGAAAGCUGUGAUAUUCAACACCAAACAGAACAAGAAAAUCUGUACUGAUCCCCAGGAGAAGUGGGUCCAGAAUGCCAUGGAGUACCUGAACCAAAAAUCCCAAACUUUAAAGUCAUAAAUAUUCACCUUUAAAAAAGAAAAUUCACCUUUUAAAGAGCCUCAAAAGGCUUGGUUCAUUUUCCUGUUCUUCCUAAGAUGUAUUCUGAGAUAAUCACAACUUCAUUCUAAAAGUAAUGGCUUUUAUUUAAUAAUAAUAAUAAUUAAAAAAAAGAAAAGAAAAAGCACUAAGUCGUGUCCGACUCUUGCAAUCCCAUGAACUGCAGCCUGCCAGGCUCCUCUGUCUACAGGAUUCUCCAGGCAAGAAUACUGGAGUGGGUUGCCAUUUCCUUCUCCAGGGUAUCUUCCUGACCCAGGAAUUAAACCCCGACCUCCUGCAUUGCAGGCAGAUGCUUUACCAACUGAGCUACCCAGGAAGCCCCUUAAUAAUAAACCAUGUAUGUUUUAUUUAA